AACCGCACCUAGGAAGAAGGAACAAGAAAAGGCGCUGCGGGUGCGAAAAGAAAUUGCUCCGCAGUUGGCUCGCUCGCUGGCUUGCUUGCUGCUGCAGGUGAGUGCUGGUGGAUACGAGAGCUGAGCCGAGGCGGACCGGGGUGGUAGAUCCGGCGGGCGUGGCUUGCAGGAAGGUUGGUGAGAGGUUGGUGUAGGAGUAGGAGGGUUAGGGAAGGGGGAUGGAGCGGAAGGCGGUGGUGGUGUGCGCGCUCGUCGGCUUCCUCGGCGUCCUCUCCGCCGCGCUCGGAUUCGCCGCCGAGGGCACCCGCGUCAAGGUUUCAGAUGUGCAAACCGACUCUUCUCCAGGUGAAUGCAUAUACCCAAGAAGCCCCGCGUUAGGCCUUGGGUUGAUGUCUGCAGUUGCCCUUAUGGUCGCACAGGCUAUUAUAAAUACAGUUGCUGGUUGCAUCUGUUGUAAGAGGCAUCCAGUCCCCUCGGACACUAACUGGAGUGUGGCUCUGAUCUCAUUCAUUGUAUCUUGGGUGACCUUCAUAAUCGCGUUCCUUCUCCUGCUGACCGGAGCCGCACUGAACGACCAGAGGGGCCAGGAGAACAUGUACUUCGGCAGCUUCUGCUACGUGGUCAAGCCGGGGGUCUUCUCCGGAGGGGCGGUGCUCUCCCUCGCGAGCGUGGCCCUGGCCAUAGUCUACUACGUCGCCCUGACAUCGUCGAAAGGCCCGCCGAGCUGGGGGCCGCAGCAGAACCAGGGCAUCUCCAUGGGCCAGCCCGUGAUCCCGCAGCAGAGCAGCGAGCCGGUGUUCGUCCAUGAGGACACCUACAACCGGCAGCAGUUCCCAUGAUCGCAGCCGUACCUAAGCAUCCGUUUCGAGGGCCGUCCAUGAGGGUACUUGCAACCGGCAGCAGUUCAAGUGAUCUCGCAGUCGUACCUAAGCUUAGCCCGUAUGGAAGCUAUGUUGGCGAGUUUGGUUUGUAUAGCCCUGCAGGUUAGAACAAUAGCAGCAGUUUGGUUACCGUUAUUAUUAGCUAGGUUCAGUCUUCUCUUUUUGUUUGUUUGAGAUUUGAGAUUUGAGAAGGGUGGCGGCAUGCCUGUUUCAUCCCCAUGGGUGUUUAAAUUUGAAUGAACUGGGUAAUGUUGAGGUUGAUGGUGUCUUGCUUGUC